CUCAGCCAGCUCGCAUGCUCACAUCUCACAUCUAUCGAAGAGCCAGCUCGUAUUUAGUGCUCACGCGAACUUGCCCUCCACCAAAUCCUCUUCGUGGCACACCUUGUACCCCGCAUUUGUGUUGGCGUGCAGUCGCACAUCACUCAGCUGUAACAUCCGUAUUACCCCUACUCCACGCCUCAUUAGCCCCCUUUUGGAGCUCCAACAAGGCACGGGGUAACAACACGAUACAAAUACCUUACAACGACAGCGAUGAGCUUCCUAUGCGGAAUUGGCGGUCCAUCCGCUGGAUCCCGAAGGUAUCAACGGAAGAUCCUUAUCGUCGGUGAUGGAGCUUGUGGAAAGACAUCUCUUCUGAACGUUUUUACUCAAGGCUAUUUUCCACAAGCAUACGAGCCGACUGUGUUCGAGAGCGCCGUACACACACUUGAUCUCGGCAAUGGCCAGGUUUGCGAGCUGUCUCUGUGGGAUACUGCUGGGCAAGAGGACUUUGAUAAGCUACGCAGUCUGAGCUACAGCGACACCCACUGCGUCAUCAUUUGUUUCUCUGUCGACAGACGAAUAUCCUUAGAGAACGUCGAGAAUAAGUGGGUCCCAGAAUUGCAGGAGAAUUGCCCAGGGGUCAAGGUCGUGCUUGCCGCGCUUAAAUGUGAUCUACGCUCAGAAGGCGCAUUUCUGGAGAAGCUCGCGCAGCGAGGGGAGACACCCGUAGAUUACGAGGAUGGCCUGGCUGUGGCGAAACGAAUCAGGGCAGCUCGAUAUCUAGAAUGCUCAGCGAAGUGCAAUCGCGGCGUCGAAGAAUGUUUCGUCGAAUCAACCAAGGUUGCCAUUGAGGCAAGGGCAAGAAGGAAGGAGAAGGCGGCAGGCGAGAAUGGUAUAUCCUGCACCAUCACUUAGCAUCACACUCCUACAGCUCCGAAUGUUAACUUUAUUGCUUUGAAUGCAUUUAUUCCCG